GUCUGGUAGCUCGAAAUCUGAUGGUGAUUUGGAAACGAGGUAUUGCAAUAGGUCAUCGUUUUCUAAAAAUAUUUAUUUAUCAAAAUGUUUACAUUGUGGACACUUGUGGAGGCGUCUUUGUUGUGCCUGAAUGCAGUAUGUGUUUUACAUGAGGAGCGCUUCCUUGCAAAAUUUGGUUGGGGUGCACAAGCCGCCAACAUGCAGGAUUUUGGCCAGCCAACGGCGAAGGCUCAGAUUCUAAAUCUGAUCCGUUCUAUUCGUACCGUAGCAAAAAUUCCGCUUAUAUUCCUUAAUGUGCUUGCGAUACUGAUAAAGUUAAUACUUGGAUAACGUAAACAUUUAUUUUGCUUUAAUUUCUUUAAUAAAUCUAAAUAUUUAUAUUAAUUACAAUAAAGUUUUAAUGUAUUGUUGA